AUGUUAGAGGAAGAAACUAUAGAUCACGACGUAUGUGCGGAAUUGGUGGCGUUCAUCAUCGAUAAUCAUCGAGAGAUACAGGAAGCACCUAUUUGUGGACACAUAAGGGAUCUAUAUGCAGUAUUCUUUGAUGCUCAUGGUAUAGAUAGAACUAACGGCUACGAGCAAUUUUAUCAUUUAUUAGCAUAUAUUAGUGAUUUGGCUCCUGGUAGUUUGACGUUUCAUCGUGACAUCAUCGAGGGUCAAAGGAUUACUGAUAUUAACACAUAUGUCUUAAAACUGUUAUAUAAACAGAUUAAUAUGGCUCCAUCGAGGAUAACUGCAAUUUCUCCAACUUCCUCGAAGACUCGUACUGUUAUUCGUGAAUUUGACGAUAUUGAUGGAUCAACUAUGGUGAAUGAAGAUACUUCAUACAUUGAGAGAUGUGAGGACAUGAAGACAGAUAAUAUGGAUUGUGGGAAUGAUGAUGUUCAGUAUACCGCUAAUAAAGAUGAUUUAACUAGGUUGCAUUCUUUAAUAGAUUUCGAAACGGCGGAAAGCAGCCUCACCUACGACAACUCACAAUUACCUAAAUACCUAAUGCAUAGAUUGAACGAUCUUUUGAAUACUGUACCAAUGUCAUUUCAACUAGGUAAAGAAAGAGCUCGGAUCACUGAGACAGUUAUACCAUAUAUUCCGGUGUGUCAAUCACCAGAACAUUCCAUGGUACUGGCACAAAUAGCAUAUAUUUCCAAUAACAAAAUAACAUCCUUACAAUUUUCCAAACUGGCAACAUUGGAGAAAGAAGCACCCGAAUUAAUAGAAUGUUUAAAAUUGCAUAUGCAUUACGUGCCAAAUAUCAAACCUCAAACCGAUUUAUCCUUAGGAGAUUGUUCAUAUUUGGAUACCUGUCAUAAAUUGAACUCAUGUCGUUAUUUACAUUAUUUGCGAUAUGUUCCAGAAUCACUAAUGACACAAGUUCAAAAGGACAUUAAACAUGUUAAUGAAAGUCAAUCCAAACAUUUACCCUUAUACACACACGGAUCAUGCUCUUCUAUUGUUGUAAAGGAGAUUUUACCUCCGCAAUGGAUCCGAUGUGAUGUAAGAAAAUUUGAUUUUAGCAUCCUUGGUAAAUUCUCUGUUGUCGUGGCAGAUCCUGCUUGGAAUAUUCAUAUGAAUUUACCAUAUGGAACAUGUAACGAUAUUGAAUUGCUAGAAUUGCCAUUAGAUGAAUUACAAGACGAAGGUGUAUUGUUUCUAUGGGUUACCGGUAGAGCCAUUGAAUUAGGAAAAGAAUCAUUGGCAAAAUGGGGGUAUAAAGUGAUUAAUGAGAUUUCAUGGAUAAAAACUAAUCAAUUGGGACGUACAAUUGUUACCGGUAGAACAGGCCAUUGGCUAAAUCAUUCUAAGGAACAUUUGUUAGUGGGGAUGAAAGGUAAUCCCACCUGGAUCAAUAAACAUAUUGAUAUGGAUAUUAUUGUAUCUACCACUAGAGAAACAAGUAGGAAACCUGAUGAAUUGUAUGGGAUGAUAGAAAGAAUGGUAGGAAAACAUGCACGUAAAUUAGAGAUCUUUGGCAGGGACCAUAAUAUCCGAGCCGGUUGGUUUACUAUAGGCAAUCAAUUAACAGGAUCAUGCAUUUAUGAACCUGAUAUCAAAGCCAAAUAUGAAUCAUCUGCACAAUUUAAAAAUUCCAAUAAUCAAUCGAAUAACGAGAACCAUAUUAGAAACACAGAUAAUCAUAGUAAUAAUCAUAAUCUUAAUUAUAAGAACAAUAAUAACCAUAAUAAUAAUAAUAAUAAUAAUAAUAAUAACUACAACGGCGGCAAUAACAGCAGCAACAAUAAUAAUCAUAGAACGAACAGUGGCUACAAUAGUAGCAACGGAAAACGUAGUAGAGGCGACCCCAAUAGAUCAAAUAAUAACUAUACCAAUGGAAACAGACAUAAUUCUUCCAAUAGAGGUAAGAAUGACAACAGAGUUAAUACUUAA